UUUUAGAUUGCUUGGUUGGAAGUCACAAAUGAACUGAGAUGAACGAAAAUGUGAAAAAACCAUGCAACGAGUUUAAAACUGUCUCAUAAUCAUAAAUAAACAUGUGACUUUGUCAGUAAAUUUUAUAUUUUUGAUGUUUACACUAGAUAGUUACGCGCGUUUCUUUAUUAAGUUGUUUGAGUUUUAUUUUUACAGACGUUAGUUCAAACAAACAUAGUGAAAAACUUGAUUUCACUUACUAAUUAUAUGCAAAAGUAAUGAGUUUGGAUUCUGUUUGAUGGUGAAUGCUGCUAUAAUAAGAGUAACCUAUUGAGAGUGGUGAAUUACUUAGAAGAGAAAGAAUGGGUGGUGGAGCAUCAACAACACCAACACCUUCAGCCAAAGUAUCAGCCAUCUUCAUAUACCCAAUUAAAUCAUGCCGCGGAAUUUCUGUUUCCCAUGCUCCACUCAUUCAUACUGGAUUUCGAUGGGAUCGACAAUGGAUGGUGGUGAAUCCUCAUGGAAGGAUGUACUCUCAAAGAGUUGAACCAAAGCUUGCUUUGGUUGAGGUUGAACUGCCAUCUGAGGCCUUUCUUGAAAACUGGGAACCAACUCAAGAAUCCUAUAUGGUGGUGAAAGCACCUGGGAUGCAAGCUCUCAAAGUUUGUUUGAGUAAACAAGAGCAGGAAGUAGCAGACGCUGUCACAGUAUGGGAAUGGACUGGAUCUGCCUGGGAUGAGGGAGCCGAAGCAUCUCAGUGGUUCUCAGAUUAUUUAGGAAAACCAUGUCAACUGGUCCGCUUCAACACUGCUUCUGAAGUUAGAAAAGUGGAUCCUGAUUAUGUCAAAGGACAACAUGAUACCUUAUUUACUGAUGGUUAUCCAUUCUUACUCGCAUCUCAGGAAUCAUUGAAUGCACUAAACGAGCAUCUGAAGGAGCUCAUUUCUAUUAAUCGGUUUAGACCCAAUAUCCUCGUUGAAGGGUGUGAACCAUUUUCUGAGGACAUAUGGACAGAAAUCAAGAUAAGCAAGUUUUCAUUUUAUGGUGUUAAACUCUGCUACCGUUGUAAGAUACCUACAAUCAAUCAAGGGACCGGAAUAGCAGGGCCUGAACCAAAUGAAAUUCUCAUGAAAACUAGGUCUGGAGAAAUCAUAAGACCAAAUGAUAAAAAUAAAAAAAGGGUUUACUUUGGUCAGUAUAUGACCUGGAACUGGACAGAAUUUUCAGCUGAAAGAAGUGGUAAAAUCAUUGAAGUAGGAGAUCCUGUUUAUGUUCUUCGGAAGGUCUCUUCUUCAGCUGAAGCAGCUGCUUGAACUGCGUAUGUGGAAUCUAUAUCGAUGCUAUAUGAGAAAUUAAAGAGCUCCAAUGACAAAAAUGAUCAACCAUAGUAUGCAAGCUGCGGCCUGUGAUAAGGCUUGUGCAAUGAAUAAAGAGGUUUUAUUUUUCUAUUCCAAUUAUGGUAAGUGGUGCCAAAGAUAGUUGCACGCACAAACUGGUUGAAAUGUGAUUGGUUACUGAGUAGUUCCAUGAAUCCACUCGUGUAUUCUAUCAAGAAAACAGCUAAAAUUGUCUCCAAAAAUAUCCACCGAAUGAAUUGGCAGCAGUGUUUAUUCGUU